AUGGUCAAUCCCAAUCGCUGGUCAUGGUCGGGAGGUCUGCGAAAGGUCCAAGUCCAAGAUGUUGCGGUGACAGGCCAACGACCUCUCGUCCGCUCCCCCGACAAGCCCGAAUUAUGCGAGGUCGACAAGCCAAAUGAUCAAAAGCUGCCGCCUGGUUCUACCACCGUCUCAUCGCGUCGUUUAUCUAGGAAUCGAUGGAGUUGGCGGCCAGAUGCAAUCAUAUCGGUGACCCUGGAAGAUCAGCAAGAGAACGAACAGGGCGAGAUGCAGGCCCAGAACAAGAGCCUAGCAGAUAAGCCAGCAAAAAGUUUCCGCCGAUUGUCGAAAAACGUCAAAACUACCGAGGCUGCUUCUGCUGCUACGACUACUGCUACCAUUCCCUCUUCUUCUCCUUCAUCUCCCCCGCCUGCUCGGUCAAGACCGAGGCCGUCGUCGAUGAUAGCGCCUGCAAGCGCAUCUUUCGGGGGAUCGCCUUCGUAUUCGACUUACAAGCCGCCUGUACAACAGCAACCGCAGCAGCAGCAGGCAGACGAGGAACUGUCCUCGCCGGGGGUCAAGAACGCGUUCAACCGAAUCCUCAAUCGACGUCUUAGCCUAUAUCAGAGCAACAAUACAUCCAUGCCGGUGCAACACCAGCAUCAGCAGGCCCAACCCGAACCGACACCGCCGCCCUCUCGCCAGCAGCAGCACCCACCCAGACCCAUGCCGAUGCAACCCCCGAUGCGACAACGUCUCCAACUCCACAAUCCCCAGAACACCCUCCGAGCGACGUCGGCCCCUGUCGCCAAUGUCCAGAACCAGGGUCACAUUGAAAACGGUCGCAUCGUUGCGCCGCUGCCAGGGCUUGACGAGAACUCGCAGCUGCAGCUGCCAUCGGCGACAAGCCGUCCCGCGACUGCCAUAGGUACCACAGGUGCAGCAGCGGCGCAAGGUCUUGGUACCGGCACUACGUCGUCAUCAGCGGCUGCUGCACCUCCUUCAGUAGAGGAGACAGGGUUGCUUGGCCGCUUGAUCCGACGGCGGUUGGUACCCAAGCAGAAGGAUGCUGAAAACCAUAAGAGGCGGGGGAUUUCCACCAGCACCGGCGACAAUACGAGUCACCCCUCCGGAGCCGACGACCAGGUUAGAAGCUCGCCUGACCCCGUGCCGACGAUUAGUGAGACCACGGAGCAGCACCAAAUGCAGGCACAGGCUCUGCCGCUGAACCCGUCGUCACACAAGACACAUGACACAUCGAGCAGCACUCCAAGAAGUGAGACUGUCUCGGACGCGCGAACCUCGUCAAAGUCCUCUGUCCCGCGGUUCCUACGACAAGUCACAAAGCCCCGGCAAGCACCUGCAACCAUGACCCAAACUGCCGGCGCCGCCAUCCUCCACAAAUCCAAGUCUCAUUCUCACUUAAAAACUCCCCAGCAGCCCGCGUCGCCCUCGACCGCCCAGGCCAGGGUGCGCUCGAAACCUAGCUUUGGCAAGCGCUUCUGGUCGAGGCCCGGCGCUAACGACUUUGGCGAAGACGAUGAUCAUGUGAUAACGGCCGAGGCGCCGGCACGGUCUUCGGCGCCUCGAACGGUCUAUGUACCGAAACACGCGGCGGCGGACUUUUCGCGCACUACUCACAACCGCCACAGCUUCAUCCUAGGCAACGGCCUGGAGAAUGCUCUACGCCCCCUGGGUACGACAACUGCCGCCGCCCAAGGGGACGAGUCGGAGCCGCACCAGAGGCAACGGACGCCAUCGGCCGAAAAAGCCGAGAAGCGCUUUCCACGGGACCUGAGCUCGUCAAAGUAUGAGGCGCCAUCUCCUUUGGAAUUGCACCGGCGUCUCGAAAUUCUCAAGAGCAAAGAGGUUGAAGUGGUUACCACGAGGGAACCGGCAACCACCGACCCAUGGCAGCACCAGCUCGACCUGUUGCGAAAUACUUCAAAUACCUCGUCCUCGAAUGGAAAGGCACCCGCUCCGAGAAGUCAUUCUCGCCCAAGGUCUUGCCGACGGCACAGCUUCAACCUUGUUUCCGACCCUUACGCGAGAGAACUUACACCCCCCAAGUCAGCUUCACCUGUCGAGAUGGAAGCACCUUUCGACCCCCCAAGCCGGACGCCGCAGCCGAUGACGCCUGCAGCGGCACCGCCGCGUCCCACGUCGUCUCAGGCCCGGCCUCCGUCUCGACAAGAUGCUCAGACCAAACAGCCCGCCAUCAGGGAGAUGACGGAUUAUGAACGGUUUCUGGCAGAUGCUGAAGCUGCCGAGCGUGAACACCAAGCGCAGAUGUGGCGCAAUCUCGCUCGCCGCUCCGGUCACUAUGGCUACAGCGACAACCCCUGGAGUUCCGUCCGCCCCGUUGACCCUUAUUUGGCAGGCGCUGGUGGUGCCUUGAAUACGGCGGCGAAUCGGGGCAACAAACGCAACAGCGCCCAGUAUACGGUUGGCAAGCGGGCGAGCAUGAUGUCCUUCGCCGCAGCCGGCGAUGAGCGCAGGCUGACCGCGGCGGAUUUUUAUGGUCAGCCUACAGCCGCACACGACUCCGGCGUGGAUGAAGACGGAAAGAUGGGUCUGCGUCACCAAGGAAGCGUCUCGAAGCGCAUCUCAAACUAUAUCAAACCGCCAAAACCGUCCUCCCAACCCGCAUACGAGGACUGGCCGACUGGACGUGCCAAUCGAAGAAGCGUCAUCGCGGGCGUAAGCGAAGAGUGA